GCUGAGGUUUAGUUUUUCACGAGUUAACUUUUUUUGUUUUUUCCGAUGACUAUUUCGUUUUAGUUUUCCCGAAAAAAGUGCCUCAAAUAUUGCAACGUUAUUCCAUGAUAUAUAGUAUAUCAUUUUUAUACACUUUAUUGUUAUAAGUAAAUAAUGUUCGAGUUGUUCUAAAAUAUGUGCUGUGUUUAUGUUUGGUGCACAAGAGUAACGUAAUAUACUGCUGGGUUUUGUAAAAAAACGGUUUUAUUCAAUAGAAGGUGGAGAAACAAUGCUCUCGCCCAGUAAGCAUUCGCCGUGUUGUUCAAAUAGCGUUCCAGCCUCAGCCCGCGGGCCAGUAUUUGUUCCAUUAUGAGUAACAAGGAGCACCACGUCCAUGGGGUCUCCUUCGACCAUACGACUCCGAGACCGCCCAUCCCCGGCGAGGAGAAGAGGCACUACGUGUCCGACUGGGAUGGGGAGCAGGCACAGGUGGAGGGGGGCAAGUUCGCCAGGCCCUACUCCCCAACCACCAAAAGGAAUUCCACUUUCCAGAAUGUGUCCAUGUCGGCUUCUUCCACAGCUCACGAUGGUGCCUGCUCCUCCAACCGUGUCAUGGAAAAAACGACAGAAACUCAGGCGGGCAGCAAGUCGCCGCCAUCUUGCUUGCGGUGGGCAAACUCACUGCACGCCUUGCUGCAAGAUGGCGACGGGGUCAAGCUGUUUAGACAGUACCUUCAUUCGGAAGGUAAACAGCAUGCUGACACUCUGGACUUCUGGUUCGCAUGCGAAGGGCUACGAAAACAGCAGGGAUCAGAUAAAAUUAUGCAACUUGUUAAAGUAAUUUAUAGGCAAUAUUUUGUGAAGUCCGCUCUUCCAAUAAGCGAUGAGUUACGAAGAGAAAUCGGAGAAUUAUUUAAGUCUUCCCAGUGCCUUGAGCCUCCAGUAACUCUCUACGACAAAGCGCAAGCGCAAAUCGAGAAUCUAAUCGUAACCACGACUUACCCCAAUUUUCUUAAAAGUGAUAUGUACCUGCAAUAUUUAGAGAAUACGCAAACGUCUAGUAGUAGUGAUAGUAGUGAUUUCAGUAAUGACAUAUCUAAUAUGGCUAGCGCUCUAGAUCCACUGCCCACAGUUCAUGAAGAUAUGGAGUUGAUAAUGAAUCCACCAAAUUAUAUCAGCCACGCGUCAGGAACUAUGAGUACGGGAUACCAUACACCUAACAUAGGUGGUCCUCCAGUAAGAUUAACCAAAGAUGUGCUGCUCAUGUCUCAAAGUCGGCGAGCGGUAGACCGAUCAAAAUCGGAAACUUUUGCCAAGCGUGCGAAUAGUAUGUUCGUUUAUCGCGCCGGACUAGGCGUGCAUGCUGCCUACAGUUCGUACAAUCCAGUCUCGCGCCAGGAUAGCGAACUGCACAGUCUCAGUAGUCAUUCGGAUGCCAGGACGGAGUCGGAUACCAUGUCGCUAACUGACAGUUCAGUCGAUGGGAGAUCAGCUGUCAGAAGGACUAGGCGACAAGCGGCAUUAAAUAGAGAAUCGCAAAUGAACCAAAUAGUGAUCCCUAGGACGCAGAGGGUUGAUAAAGUACAGUGUCAGCCGAUGGAUCCUAUGCAGUUUGCCGCUAUACUUACUGAAAAAUUAGAGGCUGUCAAAAAACAACAGGAUGCCCACGAACUCUUAGAGAAGAAGUUAAAAGAUAGCGAUACGUUAGCCUCAAUAAACAAUCAGAACAUCAGAGAAAAGCUUCUACUGGACGACGAAAAUGAUCAAUCCAUUCUAGACGAUCACGUCUCGCUCGUGUUUCCCGAUACGCCUGGCAGGUCUCCAGGUAUCACCACGCCUCACAGGACACGUCAUAGUCAGAGUUCACGUCGAAGAAAGGAUGGGUCCAUUUUCAGUUGCGAUUCUGGUAACGUCCAUGAUUUUGCCGAAGGUUCGGAACAUCGAAUGGGAAUGGUGAAGUCAAAAAGCAUGCCGGAGUACCAGGAUGAUCGAUUCCUUCGUGGAGGCGUUGGAAGAAGGUCUUCCUCAAAAAAGGCGGUACCCGAUCUUACGGAUAGUGGUGUAUCGGUUGUAUCGGACUCUGUACCUUCGGUGGCCAUGUCGAAAGAUAGCCGCGUUUUGACUUGGUUGAUGUCGGGUCACAACGACAUGUCCAUCAAACAGCGUAGCAGUAGUUACAGGACCAGUAGCGCGACGUCUCCCAUUUCAAAUAGGCAUAAGAAAGGUUUUGGAUCGAGGUCUAGUUCCGUGGAGAGGAAUAGCGUUACUGGUGCCACCGUAAGUCCUGCGCAACCAUUUGUUGCUGAUCCAUCCAUGCCGCCUUUGCCCAUUCCCAACACAGUGGCGCAGCUAGAGGAAGCGAGAAGAAGGCUGGAGGAUGAUGUUAGGAAAAAAUCCAGGUCGUCUUCCAAUCGACAUUAUCCUGACCUCACGCAGAGUAGCCAGUCCACUCUCAGGAAGUCCCAGAGGGCGCAGAGGCCUAGCCUGCCGAUCACGCAAGCGACGACCGCCGAAGAACUGACCACGGUGGUUUUCUCGUUCUGCGACGAACAGUUCCCUUACCGGACGAAGAUACCCGGGUCGCAGAUUACCUUGAAGCAGUUCAAGGAUUACUUGCCAAAAAAAGGAAAUUACAGGUAUUUCUUUAAAACAGUGUGCGAAGAACUUGGCAACCAAGUUAUUCAGGAGGAAAUCAGCAGCGACAACGAUAUAAUACCUCUGUACGAGGGUAAAAUAAUGGCUCAAGUUAAGCCGAUCGACUGAUAUUAUUUGUUUUUAUUUUAAGUUACUAACCGACCGGCUAAAAACGCAUGCAAACGAUCGUCUACAACACAAAAAUGAGUUCGUUUUUUAGAUACGGUCUUUUUCUUAGUACAAAUCAUUAAUAGUUUGAGUUCAACAACGAAAAUAAAAAAUAAACCUAAUAAAUGUUUUGAGCAAAGUUGUAUUAUUGCCAUACUUUUCAGGAAAUAUAAAAGCUAUUGGAAAAUACGUAUAGAUAUACGAUCCUACAGACUGCGCCAAUAUAUUAAUGAUGUAAAAUUUGUCUGAGUAAGAGAUUUAAUCUGUUAUUCAAAGUCUGACAUUCAACGUUUAACUUUAGAUAUAAAUUGACAGAGCUUUCCAAAGCAACUUAUGGAUAUUUUCAUUGUAAUCAUUUAAUAUCAUGGAAAAAGUAUAAUAAACACUAUAGACAUAUUGAUUUGUGUGGCAACCUAGUAAAAGUUUCUUAAUUUUCAAGCAUUUAAUCGCGUUUGAAUUUGGCAGCAUUGCUAUACUUUUCAGAAAAUAUAAAAAUACUAGACAAAUAACAUUGCAUAAGGAUGAUCCUACAGACUGCGCCAAUAUAUUAAUGAUAAAAAUAAUUUUUUAGACUUAUUAUUGUUGAAAUUUUAUCAAUAUAAGUAACCAAAACGAUUUAGUACGACCAAGUAAUUUUUCUUUACUUAUUAUUUUAAGUAAUUUGCAAUAAUGUCUGUAAUAGUUUUAAACUACUAAUGAUUUUACUGAGAAAAAACUGAUUUUAUCAAUAAGAAAUUUCUAGUUUUAAGUUAUUUAUUUUAAACUGUGUUUAGACGUUCUCGUUUGUAUGAAAAUACUAAUACAGCUGGAACACUUAUUUAGUUACGUAAGUUUUUGUUAUUUUAAAACAUUUAUUUCCCUAAUUUAUUCUGUUUUGUACCUAUAAUAUUAAGAGAUUUUUUAAGCGUUUAGGCUUUAAAAACUAUAUUUUUAAGCUUCACCUUUCAUUUCAUUCGUAUUUUAAGGAAAUUAGAGAUGGAUCCUCUGCAAAAUAUAAAGCCAUUUUCUUUUUUGAAAGUUAUUAUAGUAAGAAAUUACUAGUUGAUUAAUAUUUUAGGUUGAUUUUGGAAAAAAAAUAAAACUCCUACCAUAACAUUUUCAGCUGAGGCUAAAGAAAAUCUAAAACCAGUUUAUAUGAAAUUUUAUUUCACUCUAAAUAGUUUCUUUUUUGAAAUUGUUUUAAAGUGAUCUUAUUUUAGUGUCAACCAGUGUUCAUACUUCAAAAAUAAAUUUUGAAAAAUCUGUUUCUUGCAAAAUUUAAAGCUUUGGGAAAAAUCUUGUUUAGAUACAUCAAAAUUGUGUGACACUGAAGAACAUUUGCUUGAAUUUUGUUGUGGUUAGGAAUGUACACAAAAGCAAUUUAAGAUCUAUUUUUUAUAUAUUUAGCCAAAGGCCCUAAUUUUCAAAAGAAAAAAAAUAAAUGGCAAUUUAGAAGUACAAAAAAUGAGGAUUUUUUUCAGGGAUUGUCAAAAUUUAAUUAGAGCAUAUUAAAUAUGUCUUUAUUCAAGUUUUUGUAUGUUAAAAAAUGUUUUCUUAUGCUCUGUUAAAUCUUGAACCAUCGUUUUUGCAGAUCUGUAUAUACGGGGUGUUUAAAAUUCAAACCACUCCUGUUGAAGAUGUUGAUUUUAAUUUCUAAGACUUUUUGAAACUUUAUACCAUACAUCACAACGUUAAAAUGAGUGUGUGGAAAUUUUGAAAACCUUGUAUGCUGGACACAGGUAAGGGAUCACAGGAAAUGUUUUUAAGCUUUAAUAAGGAUUUUUAUAAAAAAAAAUAAUAUAUAAAUUUAAUUUUGAAUUUAGCAAUACCCAAACCUUUAAGAAUAACAAUAUUUUGAGUUUUAUUUUUGUGUUUGUUCUUUCAUCGAUUUAAUAAUCUAGUAAAUUCAACCUUUUGUUAUGUUUUUUACUAUAAAACAUAAUGUCUAAUAACGUUAGGACAUUUUCUAUCUAAUGAUAUAUAAAAGCGUUGACCAAACUACAGCAAUAAUAUUAGAUUUUAAUAAUACACUAAGGUUGAAGCUUAGAACACUUUUCUGUGUAUUUUUUGUUUUUGAAUGUUUUUUUUUAUUCAUUUGUAAAUGAUAUACAAUUCUACAGAUCU